AUGGCCAAACUUGCAGUCCGAUCACUUGACCACCUAGUGCUCACCGUCCGGUCUAUUCCGGCGACCGUCGCCUUUUACACUACCCAUCUUGGCAUGCGUCACGAAAAAUUCACCUCGCCUGCCAAUAGGGAUGUUGAGAGGCAUGAAGAACCGAAAUUCACCCCUGUGGAGCGCCUACUAAUGUUCACGAAGGAAUUCGAGCCGAAGGCCCAGAACGUGCAGCCCGGAAGUGCUGAUUUAUGCUUCAUGACCGACACCAAUGUUGAGAGCGUGCUUCAACAAUUCCGAGAAGCAAAUAUUCAGGUCCUGGAGGGUGACAAGGUUGUUGAGCGAACUGGCGCACGGGGCAAAAUCCUGAGUGUUUAUGUGCGCGACCCCGAUGGAAAUUUAAUUGAGGUGUCAAAUUAUGCUUAA